GCGUGUUCACCACGAGGAACCAAGAACCAACCGGCCGGCACCGCCGCCUCUCCCCCGUGCGGCACGGCUGGCUCCCCUGCGGCGAUCUGCUGCUGCCAACUGCCGAAUUCCCAGAGUAAACCCCACCCCCGUUCCAUCCCCACCUCACCAUCCACCACCUGCGCCCUCUUUUACUUAUCUCCUCCUAAUAAUUGCCUUCUUCCUCGCUUUCCCUUCCCUUCCCCGGCCCCGGCCUCACCUCGUCCUCCUAUCCCCCACCUUCUCUUAUACCACACUUCCCCCGCCCCGCUCCUAGCCAAAGCCAAACCCAACCUGCAACCAGCAACCCAGCCAAAGUCUGCCCCCCGGCCCGGCGAGCUUACGAGACGAGGAUGAAGCUCCCGCUGUCGGCGGGGUCGCCCGACGCGGCGGCGCUGCCGGAGUCGGCCAGCAAGCCGUCGCUGCCGGCCACGUGGCUGAUCCUGCACGCGCUCUUCUGCGCCACAUCCAUGGCCGUCGGGUUCCGCUUCUCGCGCCUCGUCGUCUUCCUCCUCUUCCUCCCGACCCCGCCCAUGGACCCCGCCGCGCACCUCGUGUCGCUCGUCUCCCCGCCCGUCAUGCUCGCCAGCGCCAACGCCACCGCCGCCACCAUCACCACCACCACGACCACCACCACCACCGUCACCACCACCACCACGGUCGCCGAGGCGCAUCACGACCACGGCCAUGUCCACCAUGGCCCCGUCUUCGUGGGCCGGCACGCCAUCCGGGUCCGCUCCUGGCCGCACCCAGACCCCGCCGAGCUCAUCAAGGCGCACCACAUCCUCGCCGCCGUCCAGGACGCGCAGCGCAGCAGCAGAAGACGCGGGGCGGAGCCGGUGAGGCCUGUGAUUGCUGUCACCCCGACUGCCACUUCCGCGCUCCAGGCGCCGUGCCUGACUUCGCUGGCGCACACGCUGCGCAUCGUCGAUGGCCCGCUCUUGUGGAUCGUCGCCGAGCCUGGCCACCGCACCGACGCCGUCGCCGCCGUGCUCUCCCGCUCCGGCCUCGACUUCCUCCACCUCGCUGGCCCCGCCGGCGCCUCCACCGCGCGCCUGCGAAUGCACGCCCUCAGGGAGAUACGGAAGCAGCGGAUGGACGGCGUGGUGGUGUUCGCGGACGAGAACGGCAUCCUCCGCACGGAGCUAUUCGACGAGGCACAGAAGGUGAAAUCCGUGGGCGCCGUGCCCGUCGGCAUCCUGGGCGAGGACGAAGGCACCAAGGAGUCGUUCCUCCAAGGGCCCGCCUGCGACGACGCCGGGAAGCUGGUGGGAUACCACGUCUCGGAGGAGACCCUGCUGCCGGCGGAGCGGGGCGACAUGCUGCUGUCGAGCAGGCUGGAGUGGGCCGGGUUCGUGCUCAACGCGCGGGUGCUCUGGGAGGGCGCGCCGGAGCGGCCCGACUGGGUGCGCGACCUCGACGCCGUCGACGGCGCCGCGCACCUCGACAGCCCGCUCGCGCUCGUCACCGAUGCCGCCCGCGUCGAGCCGCUCGCCAAGUGCGCCCAGGCGGCGCUCGCGUGGUCGCUCCGCUCCGAUGCUCUGCACGAAGUCAAAUUCCCGCAUGAAUGGAAAUUUGAUCCUCCUCUGGUGAAUGCCGCUUCGCGUCAACAGAGCGUAGUAAAUACUGAAGAUGGUCACUAGAGAACAGAAAUUUUGUGAACAACUGAAAAUCAGAGCUAUGGGCCGCCUGCUUUGUGAAGCCUCCACCGAUGCAUCUGUCCCUCGCUGGUGCCAAGGGCUCUCAACCCAAGUAACAGAAGGUAGCUCGGCUCAGCUCAGCUAAUGUGUUGGGAGUGCAGAAAGUCACAGACGAUACAUCUAUAAAUCAGCAAGCAUGUUUUGUAUCAUCAUCGUAUAAAAUAGUUACAAAAAAAAGUUUAAUUAUAUGCACCAUUCAUCGCUUCUCCAUUAGGUAGAUAUUUUAGGCGUAUUUCUUUUGUGUAAUAUAUAGAUCAGGGCAGGGGCUCGCGGAAUUGGUCUGGGGGUUAAGGCCGUUUUGUUCGUGUAAUUGUGUGAAAUAAUAAUGAUCCACCUCAUUUGGUGACGGCGUUUUACCAUGUAUCCAGAGUGUACCGACGUUGCUCAGAAAAACAGAGCAUGUGACGGUAUCAGGUUUUGCGCCCAAAAUGAAAAUGUGGUCGGUGAUGGUUA